AAGUCGAGUCACGUCUCCCGCACGCAUUUGCCAAGCUUGUCCCGCACAUUCAGCUCGCCAUUAAGACUUUUCUAGAAAUCGAGUUUGGUAUCGUGGAUUAUGGUUUUGAUGAGGGAGGAGUUUGAAUUGGUUGUUAUGGUUAUGGUUAUAAUUAGGGGUUCGGCUCUGCUUACGCUAUCCAACCCCCUUUUUCAUACAAUUGGAGUCAGGAUUAGGGAAUCAUGGCAUAUCUUUGGUCAUAUUGAAGCAGCGCAGUUCUUCGCUACUUCAAUAUUGCUUGGUCUAUUAAUAGUAGAAGUGAUGGUAUCUAAGGGGUUAGAAUCAUCUCGCAAAGUCGUGAGAUUGCAAGGUUAUGGAAAAGGGGUACAUUUGUGGGGCUGAUUGUUACGUACCCAGCUAGGUACACAUACGUGCAGGAAACGAUAAAGCACAACUCAAAUAGACAAUAGAUCAUAG